AUGCUGGAAGAUUAUGAUUUUUCGGAUAAGCCACCUCCACCGCCGAUUCGAUUUACGAGCAGCGUGGUUAAAGACAAUUCGCAGACGUUUCUCGACAUCAAGCCUCUUCCUCCGGAGCCUGGAAAUGACGAGCAUACGAUAAUGAACAAAAAGCGUGAGAAGAAGGAGAGAUCGAAAGGCUUUAAAAAGAAUCGUGAGAAAGAUCGUACUAACGACAAACCUGUUAUAUCGCCACCUUCAAAUUUUGAGCACACGCUUCACGUUGGCUACGACUCACAGACCGGUGAAUUUACGGGUAUGCCUGAACCAUGGAAGAUCCUUCUGCAACAAAGUAUGAUUACAAAGACGGAGCAACAAAGGAAUCCACAGGCCGUGUUGGACGCGUUGGAUUAUUUUACAACGGGAAACAAGGAUACGAAGCAGAAGUUUCUACAGCUUAAACCCUUUUCAGGCACUGCUGUCAUUGCUUUACAUUCUCCACCUCCGCUUCCCGAAGACGACGCAGAUGAUCAACCUCCAUGCAUUCCAGACCGACCCCAGCGAACAAUGUCUAUUUAUACAAAACCGAAAGAAAUUUCCCCUGCUUUACCCAUUCAGUUAAACGGCAUGAUGACUGCCAUUCCUGAAAUAGGUGGAAAUUCUCGUCCGCAGAAGAAGAAAAAGAUGACCGAUGAAGAAGUUUUGGAUAAACUGCGUCUAAUUGUUUCAGUAGGCGAUCCGAGCCGGAAGUAUACCAAGCUGGAAAAAAUUGGUUCUGGAGCCAGCGGGCACGUGUUCACGGCGAUCGAAAUCAGUACAGGCGCUGAAGUAGCGAUUAAGCAAAUGAAUCUUGCUCAGCAGCCAAAGAAGGAGCUGAUAAUUAACGAAAUCCUUGUCAUGCGCGAGAACAAACACCCUAAUAUCGUUAAUUAUUUGGAUUCCUAUUUAGUUGGAGAAGAACUUUGGGUAAUGAUGGAGUAUCUUGCUGGUGGGUCGCUGACAGACGUUGUCACUGAGUGCCAGAUGGAAGAAGGUCAUAUUGCAGCUGUUUGUCGUGAAGUUCUUCAAGCUCUUGACUUCUUGCACAGCAGAGGCGUAAUUCAUAGAGAUAUAAAGUCGGACAAUAUUUUGUUAGGUAUGAACGGAGCAGUGAAGCUCACAGAUUUCGGUUUCUGUGCUCAGAUUUCUCCGGAACAAAAUAAAAGGACUACAAUGGUUGGUACGCCAUACUGGAUGGCUCCUGAAGUAGUUACUCGUAAGCAAUAUGGACCCAAAGUUGAUGUUUGGUCGUUGGGCAUCAUGGCAAUUGAAAUGGUAGAAGGUGAACCGCCGUACUUGAACGAAAAUCCGCUACGG